ACAGUAGUUGGUCUGUCAUCCGUGUUUUAAGGACUGCCAGCUGGUCAGUAAGGCAGUAGGGAUCCCUAUCCAACGACACAGCUAGUGAUAGCAACCGACAACUGAUAUCUGAAGUCGAGCCAUGGCAUUGGGAUCGGGAUUGGGAUCGGGGUUGGGAUCGGGAUUGGGAUUGGGAUCGGGAUUGGGAUCAUACCUGGAAGCUCUGCUUUUGGAUAUGCAGGGUGCAAAACCUGCCUCUUUCAGUGUUCUAAAAAUAGCACCUCGAAAACUGUGUUUGGCGCUCGCCGUCAUCGGCGUCGCCAUUCUCGGCGAUGCGACUUUUGCAGCCGGUUUCCGGCUCCGCAAUAGUUGGAAUAUGAAGUGUAUCGAGGUAGCUGACGACGCCUCGCGUCCCGCUGACAUUCCUGCACCCAGACUGGUAAUGGUGGAUUGUACGGACAGCAGAAAUUCUAGCCAAAAUGGUCGUCUUGCCAGUGGCGGUCAGACUUGGUUGAUGCUGUCGGAUGGCGCAGGGUUUCAGAAUGAGGAGAUUGGCCUCUGCAUUCAGGUACACCAGCAAGGAUGCGAGAGCGGCACGCCAGUUGUGCCUGCCGUAUGCGAUGAGGGUGGUGUAGUCGAUGAAAGCGAGCGCUUCCGGAUGUCGUUUCAUAACUUUCAGUCCAAUGAUUCCAGCAGUCUAAAUCCGAUCGGCAAAGGCACGUGCUUCCAGCUUCUGGCCGAACACUGCUGGGCGGCAUCGGGAGCUGACGUGUGCCUAGCCGUGACCGACGAUGACACUCUUGAAGUACAUGGGUGCAACACAAACAAACCGGAUAUGGAAGAGCUAUGGGAAAAGCUCGAUUGACGACCGUGGGCUCUCUCGGAGAUUCUCGCUCUCAUUCCCUUCACAAAUCAUCACAAGCCAUCCAUAACAAAAAAGUUUAGAUAGG